CUGGUAUGUAGUCCAGUCCAACUGGUUUAAAGAGAAGGUAAAAUCUUCAGUAGCGUUCAUUUUGUGGAGAGAGGAACAAAACAUUCAGAAAGAACACAGAAAGGAUUCAGUGUGAUCUGAAGGAGGAGAGAUGUCCUCCAAAAUGAGUCUCUCUGAGGAACAGGACACACAGGAAGCUGAGAGGCUGGAUCACGGGGAGAGACCUGACUCACCUGUGCCCAGCUGUGUGUCCAUGAAGAGUGACCAUUCUAUGGACGAAUUAAUAGAGCUCAGAGAGGAUGACAGUUCUACUAAGCCCAGGCUGGUUCAGGGUAAGAGGUCUAACUCACCUGAACCCAGCAGUGUGUCCAAGAAGAGUGACCAUUCUAUGGAUGAAAUAGUAAACCUCAGAGAGGAUGACUGUUCUACUGAGCUCAGGCUGGCUCAGAGUAAGAGGUCUAACUCACCUGUACCCAGCUGUGUGACCAUGAAGAGUGACCAUUCUAUGGAUGAAAUAGUAAACCUCAGAGAGGAUAGCCAUUCUACACAGCUCAGGCUGGUUCAUGGUAAGAGGUCUAACUCACCUGAACCCAGCUGCAUGUCCAUGAAGAGUGACCAUUCUAUGGAUGAAAUAGUAAACCUCAGAGAGGAUGACUGUUCUACUGAGCUCAGGCUGGUUCAGGGUAAGAGGUCUAACUCACCUGAACCCAGCUGUGUGUCCAUGAAGAGUGACCAUUCUAUGGAUGAAAUAGUAAACCUCAGAGAGGAUGACUGUUCUACACAGCUCAGAGCGCAGAAUGAGAUGUCAGAAACUACCAGAAGAAAUGAGGAGCUCAUAAUCAAGGAGCUGGAGCACAAAGUCAUCUCUCUGGUAAAGAAUCAGCUGAAGAGGUUUGUGAAACUUCUGAACCUGGAUUACCCAGCAUGCUCUGAGAGAGAGGUGGAGGAUGAGGAGAAUCAGAGUGUCAGAGAGGGAGCGCUGAAGAUCACACUGCACGUCCUGAGGACCAUGAACCAGACAGACCUCGCCAACACACUACAGACCAAACUGGCUCCUUCUUGUCAUCAAAAACUCAAAUCCAUAUUAAAGGAAAAAUGUCAGGAAAUUAAUGAAGGAAUCUCGAAUCCUGGAACCUCAACACUUCUGAAUGAGAUCUACACAGAGCUGUAUGUCACAGAGGCUGGGAGUGGAGAGGUCAACAAUGAACAUGAGGUCAGACAGAUUGAAACAGCAUCCAGGAGACCAGCAACACAGGAGACGCCCAUCAAAUGCAACGACAUUUUUAAAGACAAACCCAUCAGAACUGUGCUGACUAAAGGAGUCGCUGGAAUUGGAAAAACAGUCUCUGUGCAGAAGUUCAUUCUGGACUGGGCUGAAGAAAAAGCCAAUCAGGAUGUUCUCUUCAUAUUUCCACUUCCUUUUAGAGAGCUCAAUUUGAUGAAGAAGAAACUUAGUCUGUUGGAUCUUCUUUAUCGUUUUUUUACAGACAUAAAAGAAUUAAAACCUAGAGACAUUUAUGACUAUAAAGUCAUGUUCAUCUUUGAUGGUCUGGAUGAAUGUCGACUUCCUCUAGAUUUUCAGAGCAAUGAGAGCGUAUUUGAUGUUAGACAGUCAGCCUCAGUGGAUGUGCUGCUGACAAACCUCAUCAAGGGGAAUCUGCUUCCCUCUGCUCAUCUAUGGAUAACUACUCGACCAGCAGCAGCCAAUCAGAUCCCUUCUGACUGUAUUAACCAGAUAACAGAGGUACGAGGGUUCAGUGACCCUCAGAAAGAGGAAUACUUCAGGAAAAGGAUCAGUGAUCAGAGCCUUGCUGAAAGAAUCAUUGCACACAUGAAGUCCUCAAGAAGCCUCUACAUCAUGUGCCACAUCCCAGUCUUCUGCUGGAUUGCAGCCACUGUUCUAGAGAGGAUGUUGGGUGAAGCAGAGAGUGGAGAGAUCCCCAAGACUCUGACUCAAAUGUUCACACACUUCCUGAUCUUUCAGAUCAAACACAGCAGCCAGAAGUACCAAAGAAAAAGUGACAUUGAUCAUAAACAGACUAGAAAGAUUAUUCUGGCACUGGGAAAACUGGCUUUCCAACAGCUGGAAAAAGGAAACCUGAUCUUCUAUGAGGUAGACCUGACAGAGUGUGGCAUUGAUGUCAGAGAAGUGUCAGUGUACUCAGGAGUGUGUACUCAGAUCUUCAGAGAGGAGUUUGGGCUGAACCUGGGGAAGGUUUUCAGCUUUGUGCAUCUGAGCGUUCAGGAGUUUCUGGCUGCUUUAUAUGCAUUUCUUUCCUUCAUCUCCAACAACACAAAUGUGCUGCUACAGCAAACCACUGGAUAUACUGGUUUUGAGGAAAAGACAACAAUGUCAGACUUCCUCAAGACUGCAGUGGACAAGGCCUUACAGAGUGAGAACGGGCACCUGGACCUUUUCCUCCGCUUCCUUCUGGGCCUCUCACUGGAGUCCAAUCAGACUCUUUUACGAGGCCUAAUGACACAGACAGGAUACAGCUCUCAGAGCAGAAGGGAAAUAGUCGAGUACAUCAAGGAGAAGAUCAGGGAGAAUCCCUCUCCAGAGAAAACAAUCAGUCUGUUCCACUGUCUGAAUGAACUGAAUGAUCAUUCUCUAGUGCAGGAAGUUCAAAGAUACCUGAAGAGAGGAGGUUCCAGUGGUCUCAGUGGAGCUAAGCUCUCUCCUGCUCAGUGGUCAGCUGUGGCAUUUGUGAUGCUGAAUUCAGAAGAGGAGCUGGAUGAGUUUGACCUGAAUAAAUUUGACCGAUCAGAGGAAUGUCUUCUGAGGCUGCUGCCAGUGGCCAAAGCAUCCAGAAAGGUUGUGCUGCAUAACUACAGUAUUACAGAGGAAGGCUGUGCUGCUCUGGUUUCAGCUCUGAAAUCAAACCCCUCACAGCUGAGAGAGCUAAAUCUGAGCUACAAUAAAGCAGGAUUGAAGCUGCUCUCUGAUCUACUGGAGGAUCCACACUGUAAACUGGAGAGACUACAGCUGUCUAACUGCAGUAUUACAGAGGAAGGAUGUGCUGCUCUGGUUUCAGCUCUGAAAUCAAACCCCUCACACCUGAGAGAGCUGGAUUUGAGCCUUAAUAAACCAGGAGAGUCAGAAAUGAAGCUGCUCUCUGAUCUACUGAAGGAUCCACACUUUAAACUGGAGAAACUAUUACUGUUUAACUGCAGUGUUACAGAGGAAGGCUGUGCUGCUCUGGUUUCAGCUCUGAAUUCAAACCCUUCACACCUGAAAGAGCUGAAUCUAAACCUCAAUAAACCAGGACAGUCAGGAGUGAAGCUGCUCUCUGAUCUACUGCAGGAUCCACAGUGUAAACUGGAGACACUACAGCUGGAACAAUGUAGUAUCACAGAGGAAGGUUGUGCUGCUCUGGCUUCAGCUCUGAAAUCAAACCCCUCACAUCUGAGAGAGCUGAAUCUGAACUACAAUAAACCAGGAGAGUCAGGAGUGAAGCUGCUCUCUGAUCUACUGAAGGAUCCACACUGUAAACUGGAGAACUUACAGCUGUCCAACUGCAGUAUUACAGGGGAAGGCUGUGCUGCUCUGGUUUCAGCUCUGAAAUCAAACCCCUCACACCUGAGAGAGCUGAAUCUGAACUACAAUGAACCAGGAGAGUCAGGAGUGAAUCUGCUCUCUGAUCUACUGAAGGAUCCAUACUGUAAACUGGAGAAACUACAUCUGUCAAGCUGCAGUAUUACAGAGGAAGGCUGCGCUGCUCUCGUUUCAGCUCUGAAAUCAAACCCCUCACACCUGAGAGAGCUGGAUCUGAACUCCAAUAAUCCAGGAGAGUCAGGAGUGAAUCUGCUCUCUGAUCUACUGAAGGAUCCACACUGCAAACUGGAGAAUCUACAUUUGUCUAACUGCAGCAUUACAAAGGAAGGCUGUGCUGCACUGGUUUCAGCUCUGAAAUCAAACCCCUCACACCUGAGAGAACUGAAUUUGAACUUCAGUAAUCCAGGAGAGUCAGGAGUGAAGCUGCUCUCUGAUCUACUGAAGGAUCCACACUGUAAACUGGAGAUACUACAGGUGUCUAGCUGCGGUAUUAUCGAGGAAGUCUGUGAUGAGCUGGUUUUGGCUCUGAAAUUAAACCCAUCACACCUGAGAGAGCUAAAUCUGAACAUCAGUAAACCAGGAGAGUCAGGAGUGAAGCUGCUCUCUGAACUACUGGAGGAUCCACAAUCUAAAUUGGAGAAACUACAGCUGCGUUACUGUGAUCUCACAGAGAAAAGCUGUGCAGUUCUGUCCUCAGCUCUCAGCUCAAACUCCUCAAGUCUGAGAGAACUGAACCUCGGUAACAAUCAGCUGCAGGAUUCAGGAGUGAAGCUACUCUCUGCUGGACUGAGGAAUCCACAAUGUAAACUGGAGAAACUGGAUCUGUCUGACUGCAGUAUUACAGAGGAAGGCUGUGCUGCUCUGGUUUCAGCUCUGAAAUUGAACCCCUCACAUCUGAGAGAGCUAAAUCUGAGCUACAAUAAACCAGGAGAGUCAGGAGUGAAGCUGCUCUCUGAUCUACUGGAGGAUCCAUACUGUAAACUGGACAUCUGAACCAACAAACACCUGACCUGGUCUGAGUCUCACACACACUGGGGGUUAUGAGGAGAGGAUGAAGUCUUAUAGAACACACACACACACACACACACACACAGUGUGUGAUUCUACAUGGUAAUGUGUGUGUUUUCAGGUCUUUUUUGGUCAAAUCUGUGAACAUAGCUGCAGCACAGCGAUGUAUGCUCUCCUUUGACCUCACUUCCUGUUCAUCAGUGACCAUAUAUCCAGUGUCCAGUCCAUCAAACACGCCACAUUUGAGGAUAACCCCACAUUCCUGAUUGGUAAACGUGGAGAUCUUUAAGAUCAUGGAAGCCAACAAUCUCAUACACAUACAUCCAGAUAUGAGAGCACAGAGAGGCUCCUGAAAAAUGACUGAAUGAGCUCUGCUGUUCUCUAAUAUUAUAUUUAUUUAGCUUCCUUAGUAUGUAUGGCAGAUUACUAGUUUGUUUUCAUGAUGUUUUUAAUUAUAUCUGAACAGACUAUGCACCCCAUGGCAGGACUUCAUUACCAGGAAAAUUAUUAGUUCUGCUAAUUUAUAUUUUGUAAAAAUUGUAACAAAACCUAAUAAUGUAGUAACUCGCCUAAUACUGUCUUAACUGAUAUUGUAAUAGCAUUUUUCGAUCAUUUAAUAUGAUAUAAUAUUAUUUGGAAGGUAUUAUUUUUAUUAUCAUUAUUUAUUUUCCACUGAUAUUUUAACAUUGUUCACUUGGAAUUUAUAUUCUAAAAAUAUUAAAUUCUUAGAGCAUAUCCUGUAUCAUUCCCAGUACAAAAAAUGUACAGAGGCACAUAAGUAUAUAUAGCCAGACAUUUUUUACAUUCUACCAGACAGCACAGCAUUCUCUGAGAACAGCAUUCAAGACAACCAUCAGACAUUAGACUCUGGCUCCUCUUUCUACAGCAGGUUCCCCAUGUAACUCCAACUGCCACAGACUCCUGAGGAAAAUCACUGUGCUAGAGACAAGAAUACUCACCAGACAGCCAGACAUAAACUAAGAAUAAACAAGGGAAAUGGAUCCAGUUAUUCCACUCAAAGGUCAAAGAGUCAAAAGGAGCUAACAUUAACACAGCUCAACACGGUAAGCUAAACCUAGAGAAUUCAGCAGAUUUUCUCAGCCAGACCUCGGUCAAAAAUGGUGAACAGACCCUAGCCAUAUGAGAAUAUAAGCUAGUGGCACAAGUUUGGAGCAAAACUGAAAGUGGGUUACUGUGUUAAUGUCCUCCACACCAGACUGUUCAGACUAAUGAUAGCGCUAAAAGUCAUAAUUCUGUGUUAAAUAUAGCCAGAUGAGCUUGGGAGUACUUUAGAAAACUGUUGUCACUUAACACAGUCCGCUGCUGCAUCAAGAAUAUAGUUUGAAACUCUAUUGUGCAAGGAGGAAGCCGAACAUCAGUUUUAUGCAGAAACACUGCCCAGUUCUCUCGGCCCAAGUGUGUAAUCAAAGGAAAGGUACUGUAAUAAAGUGGUAGAUAUGCCUCUAUCCCAACCUUUUUUGAAUGUAUUGUGGGCAUCAUAUUCUAAAUUUGUUUAUAUUUAUAAAAUACAAUUAACUUGGUCAGAGGAAACACCUGUCCAGGGUGUAUUCUGCCUUCUGCCCAAUGGGAUAGACUCCAGCACCCUCAAGGAUAAGUGGUGUAAAAAAUGUGUGCGUUGUCAGUGAAAACACUGGAAAUCAUUUUUUUGUACUUUUGUCAGUUAAAUAAAGA